AGAAUUGCAAAAUUUGGCCAUCUGAGAGACGAAGACUGAUUUGUACGCAUCAAACCUCGAAUGCUCACUCUGUUCUUGACGACAUGAGCUAAUUUCUCUUCAUAGGAGAGAGAAAAAUAAGCAAUCAAUGGUGUUGGUUUUGGCAAUUGGGGAUUUACACAUCCCACAUAGAGCACCUGAUCUCCCUGCCAAAUUCAAGUCUAUGCUUGUUCCUGGAAAGAUUCAACACGUAAUCUGUACUGGUAAUCUUUGCAUCAAAGAAGUACAUGACUACUUAAAAACAAUUUGUCCAGAUCUCCAUAUUACUCGAGGAGAAUAUGAUGAAGAUGCACGUUAUCCAGAGACAAAAACCCUAACAAUUGGUCAAUUCAAGCUUGGACUUUGUCAUGGUCACCAGGUCAUUCCAUGGGGAGACUUGGACUCCUUAGCUAUGCUUCAGAGGCAGUUGGAUGUGGACAUCCUCGUGACUGGGCACACACAUCAAUUUACUGCAUACAAGCACGAAGGUGGUGUUGUCAUAAAUCCAGGAUCUGCCACGGGUGCGUACAGCAGCAUCACCUAUGAUGUAAAUCCAAGCUUUGUUCUGAUGGACAUUGACGGGCUGCGUGUGGUAGUUUACGUUUAUGAGCUGAUUGAUGGGGAAGUUAAGGUGGAUAAGAUUGAUUUCAAGAAGACAACUGCUCCUCAAUCUCCUCACUGACUCAAAAGAUCUUUGUAGAUGUGCCUGCCUUCUUCCCUGGAACCUGAAACUGACUUGUGCUUUUUUCUUAAAUUUUCCUUGUCUGAAAAAAGUUGUCUUGAAAUGGUUAUGAAAAGCUUUUAAUAGGUCAAAAUAGGUUUUUCAUUUGUGAGUAUAACCCGAUUUUGUACUUUAUUGUUUGGUUUGAGUUUUUUAUCUUGAAUUUAAUUGUCCGAAUUAUCUGCAGCAACUUUACUGUAGUUCUACGAAGUUGAUAGUAAAAUUUACCAUGCUUAUAGUAGGGCUGUAUGCUGCAGCAACUUUACUGUAGUUCUAUGAAGUUGAUAGUAAAAUUUACCAUGCUUAUAGUA